GAGAGAAGCUGUCCAGUAGAAGGGAGACUUGCUCGAGGAAAGUCGUUUGGGAGUGUUCUUUUCUUGGGGAUUGUAAAGUAGAAAGUGGAGGUUUUUCGAACAUAUUUUGACUAGAAGCAUCGUCUUCUUCUCAUUAACUUUGGGUACUCUUUGAUCUUCGUCCUGCUUGAGUUGCAACGAUGCCUGUGUUUCAUACGAAAACGAUAGAAAGUAUCCUGGAGCCCGUGGCUCAACAAAUUUCCCAUCUGGUUAUUAUGCACGAAGAGGGUGAAGUGGAUGGGAAAGCUAUUCCUGAUCUUACGGGCCCGGUUGCUGCUGUACAGGCUGCUGUCAGUAAUUUGGUCCGGGUUGGCAAAGAAACUGUACAGACUACAGAAGACCAAGUUAUGAAGAGAGAUAUGCCACCAGCCUUCAUUAAGGUUGAAAAUGCUUGUACUAAAUUAAUCCAGGCUGCACAGAUGCUGAAGGACAACCCAUACGCUGUACCUGCACGCGAUUAUCUCAUUGAUGGUUCGAGAGGAAUUCUUUCUGGAACGUCAGACCUGCUCUUGACAUUUGAUGAGGCAGAGGUCCGUAAAAUAAUUCGUGUAUGCAAAGGUAUUUUGGAAUACCUCACAGUUGCUGAAGUGGUAGAAACAAUGGAGGAUUUGGUGACCUAUACUAAAAAUUUGGGUCCAGGAAUGACUAAAAUGGCUAAAAUGAUUGAUGAAAGACAACAGGAACUAACUCAUCAAGAGCACAGGGUAAUGCUGGUGAAUUCUAUGAACACUGUGAAAGAGCUUCUUCCUGUACUCAUUUCAGCUAUAAAGAUUUUUGUGACCACAAAACAAUUUAAAAGCCAGGGAGUGGAAGAAGCUUUAAAGAACCGUAACUUCACUGUGGAGAAAAUGAGCACUGAAAUCAAUGAGAUAAUUCGUGUGUUGCAGCUGACAUCUUGGGAUGAAGAUGCUUGGGCCAGUAAGGACACUGAGACCAUGAGAAGAGCUCUGGCUAUGAUUGACUCAAAGAUAAAUCAGGCCAAAAACUGGCUAAGAGAUCCUAAUGCACCUCCAGGUGAUGCUGGAGAGCAGGCCAUCAAACAAAUAUUGGAUGAAGCUGGCAAAGUGGGAGAACUGUGUGCAGGCAAGGAACGGAGGGAAAUUCUGGGCACCACCAAGGCUUUGGGUCAGAUGACUGACCAAGUAUCUGAACUCCGAGCCAGGGGUCAAGGGGCUACACCAAUUGCCAUGCAGAAAUCACAGCAAGUAUCCCAAGGGUUGGACAUGUUAACAGCAAAAGUGGAAAAUGCAGCCAGGAAACUGGAAGCCAUGACUAAUUCAAAGCAGGCCAUUGCUAAGAAAAUUGAUGCUGCGCAGAGCUGGCUAGCUGAUCCACAUGGAGGUCCUGAAGGAGAAGAGCAAGUUCAUGGUAUUUUAAAAGAAGCUAAGAAAAUUGCAGAUCUUUGUGAAGAUGCUAAAGAACGUGAUGACAUACUGCGUUCCAUUAAUGAAAUAGGAGCACUGACUGCAAAGCUAUCUGACUUGAGAAGGCAAGGCAAAGGCGAUAGCCCAGAAGCCCGUGCUUUGUCUAAGCAAAUUGCAACAACCCUGCAAAACUUGCAAAGUAAGACAAAUCGAGCAGUGGCCAGCAGUCGGCCAGUGAAAGCAGCUGUCAAUCUAGAAGGUAAAAUUGAGCAAGCCCAACGCUGGAUUGAUAAUCCUACAGUUGAUGACCGUGGUGUGGGCCAGGCAGCUAUCCGUGGACUUGUUGCUGAAGGCCGUCGACUGGCCAAUGCAUUGAUGGGACCUUAUCGUCAGGAACUGACUGGGAAGUGUGACCGAGUAGAACUCCUAGCUGGACAGCUUGCAGACCUGGCAGUUCGAGGUGAAGGGGACAGCCCUCAAGGCAGAGCAAUUGCUGCACAACUACAGGAUGCACUAAAGGACCUAAAAGGCAAAAUGCAGGAAGUCAUGACCCAAGAAGUAUCUGAUGUUUUCAGUGAUACAACUACACCAAUUAAAUUGCUUGCUGUCGCAGCCACUUCUCCCCAAGAUGCACCAAAUAGAGAAGAGGUGUUUGAGGAGAGGGCAGGGUAUUUUGAAAAUCAUGCUGCCAAAUUGGGUGCCACUGCAGAGAAAGCUGCUGCUGUUGGAGCUGCAAAUAAAAGUACUGUGGAAGGUAUACAGACAGCUGUGAAAUCUGCUCGCGAGUUAACACCACAGGUGGUUUCAGCUGCGCGGAUCUUGUUGAGAAACCCUGAUAACCAGGCUGCCUAUGAACAUUUUGAAACUAUGAAGAACCAGUGGAUUGAUAAUGUUGAAAAAAUGACCGGUUUAGUUGACGAAGCCAUUGAUACCCGGUCUUUAUUGGAUGCCUCUGAGGAAGCCAUUAAGAAAGAUAUAGACAAAUGCAAAGUAGCAAUGGCCAAUGUACAGCCUCAGAUGCUGGUAGCUGGAGCAACUAGCAUUGCUCGUCGGGCAAACAGAAUCCUUUUGGUUGCUAAAAGGGAAGUUGAAAACUCAGAAGAUCCAAAGUUUCGUGAAUCAGUAAAGGCAGCAUCGGAUGAACUGAGCAAAACAAUCUCCCCCAUGGUAAUGGACGCUAAAGCUGUAGCUGGCAACAUUUCAGAUCCUGGUCUGCAGAAGAGUUUCUUGGAUUCAGGAUAUCGAAUUCUUGGCGCUGUCGCUACAGUUCGGGAAGCUUUCCAGCCUCAGGAGCCAGACUUUCCUCCGCCACCACCUGAUCUUGAUCAGCUUCAGCUGAAUGAUGAACCUGCUCCUCCUAAGCCACCACUUCCUGAAGGUCAGGUUCCACCACCACGGCCUCCACCUCCAGAGGAAAAAGAUGAGGAAUUCCCUGAAAUGAAAGCGGGAGAAGUAGUGAAUCAGCCUAUGAUGGAGUCUGCCCGGCAGCUGCACGAUGAAGCCAGGAAGUGGUCAAGCAAGCCUGAUGUGACUGAUGAGGCAAGUGAAGCACUUGAGGCUGAUGUAGAUGUGUAUGAUGAUGACGAUGAGGAUGUUGAGUUGACUCUUCCCUCUGACAAUGAAGAUGAGUAUGAGCCUGAACUACUUUUAAUGCCUGCAAAUCAACCAGUUAACCAGCCAAUUCUGGCUGCAGCUCAGUCUUUGCAUCGAGAAGCAAGAAAAUGGUCUAGUAAGGGUAAUGACAUCAUCGGCGCUGCUAAGAGGAUGGCCUUGUUGAUGGCAGAAAUGUCUCGGCUGGUGCGUGGUGGCAGCGGAAACAAACGUGCUCUUAUUCACUGUGCUAAGGACAUAGCCAAGGCAUCCGAUGAAGUGACACGACUGGCAAAAGAGGUUGCCAAGCAGUGUACUGAUAAGCGAAUCAGAACUAAUCUCCUUCAGGUGUGUGAACGUAUUCCAACUAUCAGCACACAACUUAAAAUUCUCUCCACUGUCAAAGCUACAAUGUUAGGGAGGACCAACAUUAGUGAGGAAGAAUCUGAGCAGGCUACAGAAAUGUUGGUUCAUAAUGCUCAAAAUCUGAUGCAGUCUGUGAAGGAAACUGUACGAGAAGCAGAAGCUGCAUCCAUCAAGAUCAGAACAGAUGCAGGAUUCACACUCCGCUGGGUUCGGAAAACUCCCUGGUAUCAGUAAAUACACACGUUCGCCUUUGCCUGGCCCUGUUCAUUUUGAAAAGGGGGAAGGAGAGAUGGCCUUUGAGAAAGUGAAUUGCUUUACAUCAGUGCAGUGGGAGAGUAAAGUGAAACGGAGUGGCAUUGUGGUUUUAGUGUUGACAUAAUGUAUCUUAUCACAUUGUUCAAUAAUACAUAAUCUUUGCUAAUUAUUAACUAUAUGUCUUGCAUGUAUGACACUAUUAGAAUUAUGAAAAUGUCUGGCAUUGUUUUUACACUUCUGCUUUACAGCUUUCCAUUAAACCACUAAAAAUGUGUACUUUUUCCAAUGUUUGUUACCAAUUUUCUCUGCUGGUCUAUAAAUCAUAUUUUGCAUAAUAUAGAAAUAAGUGAAAGUUUCUCCAUCUCCUGCCUUUCAAAUGUUAAGCACUGGUGGAAUCUUAAAUGAUGAAAGUAUGAUCAGACAUAAAUCAGUGAAAUGUCAUAAGUGAUUUAUUUUACUUAAAUUGAUAUAUAACUUAUUUCAGAGUCAACUUGUAUAAUUUGCCCAGCAUCCAUAUGUUUGAUCUAUCUUAGCUCUGAAGUUUGAUUCGACACUUUAGUGUACUUGCUGUGGGUAGGCUUGGAUUACAUUUAGAGUUGUGGAGGAUGUGCUAAUUUGAUUAUAAUAUUUAUACAGGUCCUGUUCUUAGUACUUUCAUAUCUGAACAUUAACAAUUGUUAAGCCAAAGACUGUGCAUGGUAAGUUUCUUUAUGGAAGGCAUUGUUUUGAGACAAGUGAAGAACUAUUAAUCUCAGAGUAUUGAAUAAAAUGUCAAAAUCAUUUCAUCUUGCUAUCGGGAAUUGAAGAACAGUUUGUUAGAUGUAAACGCAAUUGUGCUUGAAUCAUGGUACCUACAAUGCCUAGAAGAAUUACUGUUAGAAUUAGAAAACACAACUGUAAUGUGGGACUUUAUCACAAACAUUUGCAUCUAGUGUAUUACUUUAACUGGAAUACAUUGUGGGAUUUUUUUUUGCUGGAACUAUUUCAUCAGUCAGUGCGAAUAUCAGAAUUUUUCCAGAGGUACUGUUUAAUGUUGGUAAGUGUAGACAAAAUGCUUCACAAAAUUCUGUGAUACUGCUCAAAUUCUUGCAAAGUUGAGAAGGUGAUAAGCCCUUGUAAGAUAAUUAAGACUUGGUGGUUAAUAUUCUUGAAACUAAAUCCUUUCUUGAACUUUAUAAUUAGGUACAAGAAAUUGACAGUCUAGAUAUUUUAAUCCAAAACAUUUAUAUACAAUUGGUUCACAAUAUAUUAAUAUGUUUAAAGGGAUUGGAACACUUUUUGAAAAUCUAUCAUUGUAUAUAGUAAUAUACUCAUUUUUUGACUUCUCACAGUUGUAAAAAUGAGUAUUAUAUCCAUACUGCAAGUUUUAAUACAGCAAUUUUCAGCACAUAAAAUCACCAAGUUAUUUCUAAAAUGUGUCAGUAACUUUCUGUAUUCACAUACAAAUACAGCAGUUUGUUGAAAUUUGUACAUUUCCCACAAUGAAUCUUUAUAGACAAUUUGUUCUUGGGGGAAUAAUGUAUAUUAAAGUUUAAAAUUUAAUUCAGAAUUAUUGAGGUAGAAGAUCACAUAUUAUUGGUGAUGUUUAGUUUUGCUUUCUUGUAUAUUUGUGCUCAGUUAUCUUUACUAAGAAGGUUCAGUUACUUCCAUAAUUGUCUUAUCAUGCACCAGUUCAAGUUAUGGCCUUAAAUUUCCAUACACUUCCUUAAAAAUAGAUUGCAAAAGGGAUGAGAAGUGCAGCAUGUUCCUUUGGCUUCAAUGUAUGUUUUCCUGCAAGAGUAGGUCUUAACAGGAGGCCAAAUCUACAGAAAGAAUGCAAAUUAUUUUGUUAGAAUCCUGAGUGUUCAUUUUGCAAAAUGCACAAUAAUUAUUUAGGUUUGAAAACAGUAUCCACUUGUUUUUGCUGACAGUGGCGCAAUCUUGGCUUCCUUUCACUGCAGAUAUUAAUGCAUGAAAUUACAGCAACAGUUGUAAAUAUGCAGAUUUUCAUCAAGCAUUCUUGAAAUUGUGCCCUUUCCUGGAAUAUUUAUUCCUGUUUAUUCUGUAAUUUGGGUUAGCCAUGUGUAAUAUUACAGUAAUUUCCCUCAAAUCUAUUAAUCUUUAUGUACAAUUUAAUGAAUGUACAUGUCACACAAGAAACGACAUGACCCUAAAUGCUGGAUUUAGUUUGAGCUUGAAUAAUGCUCAGGUACCCAACUCAUGGUUGUGGUGCAAGAUUGAGUUGUGUUUUAUGAUAUAAUAAAUUUUUGAAUAUGGUCAUGUAGAUAGAACCUGUUUUCCUUCACAAAUUGCAAUUUCUGCGUGGUGGUCCUUGAUACUGAUUACUUAAUGAUGUGACAAGGAAUUGUGCAACAAAUAAAUUCAAUUUUAACAGUAUCAAAUUAAUCACCUCUUGUAUCAGAAAUAUCAGACUACUUUGGCUGGGAAUAUAAUGCUUAAUCUAAUUUUAAUUCUGUUCAGUCACAUUGGUUUUCAAUGCAAUAUGAACAACACAGUGAAACAUUGGCUUUAGCAGGAUUUGUAACAUGUUAAACUAAAGUUUACUUAUUUGCUACAUUAAGUGCCUGCAGUUUUAAAAUAAAGUAUUUUUAACAUUUCAUUCUUUGU